UCUCAGCCCCACAGCCAAAGCCCUCUGGAAGGAAAGGACCAAGACCAGGUCUUGUUUGGCUUCUGGGACCCACCUGAUAACCUGUGAUACAGCAAAUCCUCAGUCAUGAAGAUCCUUUACCUGCUCUUUUCUCUCCUCUUCUUGGCACUCCAGGUGUCUCCAGGUUUGUCUUCACCCCAAAGGGACAUGUUUCUUUGUAGAAAAGGGACCUGUCAUUUUGGAAGAUGUCCCUUCCAUCUGAUAAAAGUUGGAAGUUGCUUUGGAUUCCGCUCCUGCUGCAAAUUCCCAUGGGAUGUAUAGAAACUUUAUGGACUGUCCAUUCAAGAGCAAUGAAAAUUUCUUCUAAACCUAGGAAUUUGCUUUCAAUCCCCUUACUGAUCAAGUCACCGGAUCCUGCUACAAAGCCUCAUGUACCUUUCACUUUUAAUGCAAAAAGCUUUAUGGUGUAGAGUAAACCCAAAUGUGUUCUCCAUUGCUUUCCCUGCUUUUGAAUAAAUUGUUGU